UCCCCGCCCGCCCUCCGGCCGCGUCCCCGCCGGCCCUGCAGACGUGGCGGGGCGGGACCCGCCGGGCACUCCCGCGCGCACUCGGCGGCCUGAGCGAUAUUAAAAUGUCUGAUGAUGCUGGUGACACCUUAGCCACUGGAGACAAAGCAGAAGUUACUGAGAUGCCCAAUAGUGAUUCUUUACCUGAAGAUGCAGAAGUGCACUGUGAUUCAGCUGCAGUUUCACAUGAGCCAACACCAGCUGACCCCAGAGGGGACGGGCAUGAAAAUGCAGCUGUGCAGGUGGCAGGGGCUGCUGCCGCUGGGCCUCCUGUGCAGCCUCAAGAUGCCAGUGCCAUGGAGCCCCCUCUCAAUGGAGAAGUGACUAAGGAUAUACUUGCUGAGUGUAUUGAUUCCGUCAGCCUUGAGGCAGAACCCAGAUCCGAAAUACCACUGCAAGAACAGACUCACCCGGCUGUGGAUUCCCCUCCAAGUGGAGGAGGAUGGGCAGGUUGGGGAUCCUGGGGCAAAUCCCUGCUGUCAUCAGCAUCUGCCACAGUAGGUCAUGGACUGACAGCGGUCAAAGAAAAAGCAGGGGCCACUCUACGGAUUCACGGUGUAAAUUCUGGAUCUUCCGAAGGGACCCAACCAGAUACUGAAAACGGAGUCCCUGAAAUAACAGAUGCGGCCACAGAUCAGGGCUCUGCAGAAAGCCCACCCACUUCCCCUUCAUCAGCCUCUCGGGGGAUGCUGUCCGCCAUCACCAACGUGGUUCAAAACACAGGUAAAAGUGUCUUAACUGGAGGUCUUGAUGCGUUGGAAUUCAUCGGCAAGAAAACCAUGAAUGUCCUUGCAGAAAGUGACCCGGGCUUUAAGCGGACCAAGACGCUCAUGGAGAGAACCGUUUCCUUGUCUCAGAUGUUAAGGGAAGCUAAGGAGAAAGAGAAGCAGAGACUGGCACAGCAGCUCACAGUGGAGAGAACUGCGCACUAUGGGAUGCUGUUUGAUGAAUACCAAGGCUUAUCACACUUGGAAGCCCUGGAAAUUCUGUCCAAUGAAAGCGAAAGCAAGAUUCAGUCCUUUUUAGCAUCACUUGACGGAGAGAAGCUGGAACUCUUAAAAAAUGACCUAAUUUCCAUUAAAGACAUCUUUGCAGCCAAAGAAUUAGAGAAUGAAGAAAAUCAAGAAGAACAAGGCUUAGAAGAAAAGGGAGAAGAAUUUGCUCGCAUGCUUACCGAGCUGCUCUUUGAAUUACAUGUGGCGGCCACGCCUGACAAACUCAAUAAGGCCAUGAGGAAGGCUCAUGACUGGGUGGAAGAGGAUCAGACCAUGGUGUCGGUAGAUGUGGCAAAAGGGUCAGAGGAGGAAACAAAGAAGGAAGAAAAGGAAGAGAAACCUCACGACCCUCAAGAAGACAAAAAGGAAGAAAAGAGAACUAAGACCAUAGAGGAAGUAUACAUGUUGUCCAUUGAAAGCCUGGCAGAGGUAACAGCACGCUGUAUCGAGCAGCUUCAUAAAGUAGCAGAAUUAAUUCUUCAUGGACAAGAAGAGGAAAAACCAGCUCUGGACCAAGCAAAAGUUCUAAUAAAAUUAACUACUGCAAUGUGCAAUGAAGUGGCCUCCUUAUCAAAGAAGUUUAUGAGUUCUUUAACCACUGUUGGGAGCAACAAGAAGGCCGAGGUCCUUAACCCCAUGAUCAGUAGUGUAUUGUUAGAGGGCUGCAACAGCACGACGUACAUACAGGAUGCCUUCCAGCUGCUGCUGCCUGUUCUGCAGGCCUCACAUAUCCAGACCAGUUGUUUGAAAGCACAGCUGUGACCUGGCCAGACUCCAUCUAGUUUAAAGAGUCAGCUGGCCACGUUGCCUCAAUAUGUGCCAUUUAAGGGGAUAUUCUCGGUACAUCUGGCCACAGACACCCAUUCGAGGACACUACAAGCAAUUUUGCACAAACAAUAUUGAGAAUGCAAGUUUAAAGAGAGUUACCAUUUCUCUCAAUGUGUAUGAUUGUUUUUAUAAACAAUUGUGUUUUCUUUAUGUUAAUUUAAACUUACACAGCUUAUGUUGAAAAUUUCCUUUUAUCUAAAAUUUAUUUACAAAUAUUCAUGUUCUUUUUUCCGGUUAAGCAUGCUAUAUUUAGAAAUUCAUGGCAGACCUUAGACUUCUUUUAUAAUCCUUUAAAUUUCAACCUCUAAAUGUUCCAUUCUUAUAGUAUUACUUUAUAUCAAUUCUAAAACUGAAC